AUGGCGUCGCCGGUCCGCGCCCUUCUCCCCGUCCUCCUCCUCGCGCUCCUCGGCGCCGCGCGCGUCCGCGCCGACGCCGACGCCGCCGCCGAGCCGUCGUCGUCGUCGUCGUCGUCGAUCGAGGCCGAGUCCCUGACCGCGGCCGAGCUCGACGCCGCGAUGUUCUCGGACGACGCGACGACGCUCCUCGUCGAGCUGUACGCGCCGUGGUGCGGCCACUGCAAGCGGUUCGCGCCGACGUACGACGCGAUCGCGGCCGCGCUCGCGUCAUCAGACGCGAGCGCGAACAAAAUCCGCGUGAUCAAGGUGGACGCGACGCGCGACGACGACGCGAGGGACCUAGCGGCGAAGGUGAUGGGCGUCAAGGGGUUCCCGACGUUCCGCCUCGUUCACGAUCGCGCGCUGUACGAGUACAACGCGAAGCAGAGGAACGCGGAGCUGUUGAUCGAGUUCGCGCGCGGCGGGUUCAAAGCGCGGGGGACGCCGAAGCGAUCACUGACGAGAGACCCCGUCACCGGGAAGACCGCGCUCGUGCCCAAGCCGUUCCUUGAGCGCAAUCUCGACUUUGUCCGAGAAGAGGUCGCGAAGGUGACGCGAGACGUGACCACCGUCGCCGGAAAGUUCCCGGCCGCGAUGGUCGUCAUCGUGUCGUUGACCGCGGCGACGACCGCGAUGGCGUUCGUGCUGACCGAGAUGAUCGCGGAGAGAGUCGGUCUGUCCGCGCGGGGGGCGGGGCCGACGGAGACCGAGAGCGACCGCGACGCGAGGCGGGCGUGGGAGAUUGAAAAAUUGGAGCGCGCGGCGCGAGGGACCAAGGCGACGGGCGCGGCGAACGAACGGAGACGGAGCGUGGACCGCGAGGGGGGGAGUGGUCGGUCGCCUCCGGUGUCGCCGCGGAGCGUCAAGAAGGACGCGUGACGUGAGCGCGCGCGCGUUUCGCGUCUCUUCGAACCACGUCUAUAGAUCACCUUUUUCUGGUUUUGACGGACUACGUACAAAC